GUUUCUGAUUCCCUGUACUUUAGCACCUCGUCACGGUCUUCUGAACUGACACUUGACCUGUCUCAGGCUCAAAAUGACCUCAGUGAACCCAACAAAUAUCUUGAACCAAUUCCUCCAUAGUGAGUUGAAAUUGGGCCUCAAAUCAGGAUUAGCAUAUUUAAAUAUGUCAUUUGCUGAGCAACAACAAGAUUAAGGAUGACAAUGGACAGCACAUUAACAUUACUGAGCUCAUUUUUUGUGAAUCCACCGUACAAUGUAGGCCACUUGCCGUUCACAAUAGACUGAAUGAGUUGUAUAAACUUAAAUGAUGAAUCAUCAUCUACACACUCUGAUUCACUGAACCCAAAAUAAACAACCGUCUGAUCAGAUCUAACAGCAAAGUCAAUAAACCUUCUAUCACAAUCCUAGAACAAGUCUGACGCACUCAAGAAGGCAGUGAGUUAAACAGCCUUUAUAAACCAUGGCUGCUGAAUCACAACAUCGAUUUUUAAAAGAAACAUGCCUACAAAUGUAUGUACAAAUGACAGAGGGAUGGACGGCCAAAAUGGCUACCUUGGGGCUCUUAGAUUUAUUGGUAUUAUUGGCAGAUAGUCACAUGAUCAGCAGGGACAGGUGAGCAGUCACUUGAUUGGUCUAGACAGUCACAUGAUCAGGAUGAGCAGGCUGGUAGUCAAAAGACAAAGCCUGUUUGGUGGAAAAAAAAAUCACAAACAAUAAGCUAGAUAAUAGAUACAUAUACACACAAACAUCUAGAUAUUUCAAGACACUCCGAAAAACAUCAAGUUUUAGUUGUUUCUCAAAUGCCUAAAGGAACUUUUCAGACUUUGAAGGCCUCAGAUAACUUAGAAUAAACAAAAAAGGAGAAAAGUCUAGUUGCCCUCACCCAGGUGUUGGGUACAGAUCCCCAGCGGUUGUGUGUGUAACACCCCCUCUAUGCUUUCUAUGCCUGAUAUCUUCAUUGUGUUGGAACUGGGUAGCUUCUUGGUGAUGUGGAGCCAUGGGGUACUGAGGGACGCCAGUUUUUGUGGCGUGUUUCUGUUCAGCCUCUCUGCUUUAAGUCAGCUUUGUUUCCCCAAAAUAUGAACAACCACACGGACGCUCGAGUCUGAGAAUCACAUGAGUUAUUGCAGUUGAUGUAAGCCUUUAUGUUAUACUUGCGACCUGAUGUUAUGUCAGUGAAGUAGCUGGUAUUUGUCUUACUACCCACUGGUGUCACUUUCCACAGGUAUAAUUGCCUGCUCGGGUGCUCAACCAAGUUUGUUGUUGUACAGGUGGAAGAUAACUCUUCUUGUAGAGAAGAGGCUCUUCUAAAGCUGACAGUGGCAUGGGAAGAGCUUCUCUAAGACAGCUGUCACCUUUUCAAUAUGGAUCAAUGUCCUUUAAUGAUUUGCAGUCUUUCUACAGCGUCUCAGCCCCGUCUACAGCCCUCAUCCUCCCUCAGGUCUGGGUCUGUUCCCUGGUUUCAUACGACGAUAUACAAGACUAUUUUAAGCCUAGUUGUCUUCCAGCUCUGCAGCAACCGUCUGCAUGUGGUUUGGAGUAAGAGGCAGUUUGCUGAUCGGCCUGAAUGUGUUGAGACGUGCUUGAGAACACUGCACAACAACUGAAAGAGUGUGAAGUUCAAGUGUCUGCACAAGCUGCUGAGUAACUGUAACAUGAGGAUCUGUCCAUGGUGCUGGAAACCAGGCUGCACCCUGAGGACUCCGGAGAGCUUCCACUUCUUGUGUUUCUUUUUCCCCCUGAGUCACAUGGCAGACCACUGUGGCCCUCAGUAGGGAUUCUAACGACAGCAGUCUUGACUUUGAGCUGUGUGGGAGCUCGAGCGGUGGAGAGACAGACAGGUAGAGAGAGGGAGAGAUUCGGCGAGAGAGGGAGAGAGGGGAGGAUGAUGUCAUAGUUUUCAGUCUGUGCCAUGGAAGAAGCAGAUGGCUGCAGCCUUCCCCUCUUUCUUACGCUGCUGAUUCCGUAUCUAUCGCAAACAUCUGGCCCAGCAUCAGCACUCGUCCAGGGCAAAGAGUGACGAAGCGCAGAAGCCUAACCGCUCAGGUGAGCUGUCUGCCGGCGGAGGAAGCAGCGGAAACCCCCCCUGCUGCCUGCUGGAUGUGAGCGAAUCAUCAACCGAAGCACAAGUCCAGUAAAGACGGGAUAUGGACCGACAUACCGGAGCGGGCUCGGGGCGACGAUCACUCUUCUUUUUUGUGCUCAUUCUGUAUUAUGAUCAGGCGGCAGCACAGAGGAGCUAAUCCUGCCCAGAAAGGAGGAGGAGUAGGAGAGACGCGCAGAAGGGUGUCGACGGAGAGAGGCAGGGGAAGAGGAGAAGAGGAGAGGAGGGGAGGAACGGAGGAGAAAUAAUAGAGUAGGAAUAUUACAAGCUUCUAAUAAUGGCGGCCAAAUCGGACGGGGUCUUGAAGAUGAAGAAGAGCGACGUGGCCUUCACCCCCCUGCAGAACUCGGAGCACUCCGGCUCGGUGCAGGGGCUCCACCCGGGCGCCCAGCCCGACUCUGCGGGCACCGGGGACGGGGACUUUGCUAACGGGGAGUCACGGUGCUGCGGCGGGGGAGGCUCCAACUCGACGUGCCUUCGCCUGGGCAGGGAGCAGCAGAAAUACACGGUGUGGGACUGCCUGUGGAUCGUAGCCGCAGUGGCCGUGUAUCUGGCCGAUGUAGGCACCGACGUGUGGCUGUCGGUCGACUACUACCUCCGCCGCGACUACUGGUGGUUCGGCCUGACGCUCUUCUUCGUGGUGCUCGGCUCCUUCUCGGUCCAGCUCUUCAGCUUCAGAUGGUUCGUCCACGACUUCGGCACCGAGGACGGAACGGAAUCCGCCGCCGAAUGCGCUCACAUGGACGGGAACAAGCUGCUGAGCGGCUCAGCCUCACACGGCGACGUUACCGCUCAGCACCACCCGGCCACGCCGCAGAGACAGGCGUCGACCGCCAGCAAGAACACCACGACCAACAGCACCGCCAGCACCGCGCUGGGCAGCAGGAGCAGGAAGAGGUCGGCCUACUACUCCUUCUGUGUCUGGUUCGGCCAGUCCGUCAUCCACAUCCUCCAGCUGGGCCAGAUAUGGAGGUAUUUCCACACCAUCUACCUGGGUGUUCGGAGUCGUCAGAGUGCUGAGACGGAGCGCUGGCGUUACUACUGGAGGAUGGUGUAUGAGUUCGCAGAUGUGAGCAUGCUGCAUCUACUGGCCACCUUUCUGGAGAGCGCUCCACAACUGGUGCUGCAGCUGUGCAUCAUCAUACAGACACACAAGCUGCAGGCUGUGCAAGGUAUGACAGCAGCAGCCUCCCUGGUCUCCCUGGCCUGGGCUCUGGCCUCCUACCAGAAGGCCCUGCGAGAUUCUCGCGAUGACAAGAAGCCCAUCAGCUACCUGGCUGUCAUCAUCCAGUUCUGCUGGCACUUCUUCACCAUCGCUGCCAGAGUCAUCACCUUCGCCCUGUUUGCCUCUGUGUUCCAACUCUACUUUGGCAUCUUCAUUGUCCUGCACUGGUGCAUCAUGACCUUCUGGAUUGUCCACUGUGAGACAGACUUCUGCAUCAGCAAGUGGGAAGAGAUUGUGUUCGACAUGGUGGUGGGCAUAAUCUACAUCUUUUCCUGGUUUAACGUCAAGGAGGGACGGACAAGGUGUCGGCUUUUCAUCUAUUACCUGGUGAUCCUGGUGGAGAACGCUGCUCUCAGUGCUUUAUGGUACCUCUACCGGUCUCCUCUCACCACUGACGCCUUUGCUGUACCAGCACUCUGCGUCAUUUUCAGCAGUUUCCUCACCGGCGUGGUGUUCAUGCUCAUGUACUAUGCCUUUUUUCAUCCCAACGGGCCGCGCUUUGGACGCUCACCAAGCGGCCAGGCUCUCGACCUUGACCCCACUGCUCAGUUCUCCACACUACCAUCUGAAGGUGCCACCAACUCGCUGCGUUCCAACCGAGGUGCCACCACAACCCUGGAGCGCGACAUGGGGAAGUAUUCUGAGCGGGAUGGCUGUAUGCCAGUGUUUCAGGUCCGACCCACAGUGCCAUCCACGCCGUCGUCUCGCGCUCCACGCCUAGAAGAGACCGUCAUCAAGAUUGACCUUUGUAGGAACCGCUACCCAGCCUGGGAGCGCCAUGUCCUCGACCGCAGUAUACGCAAGGCAAUCCUGGCCAUAGACUGCUCCCUGACUCCUCCACGGCUGCAGUACAAAGAUGAUGCUCUGGUGCAGGAGAGGCUGGAAUACGAGACCACAUUAUAGUUCCACCCUGCUCUAGGAACACAUGCUGGGGUGCAGCCGUCAGAGGAUUAUCCUGCUAUCACUUAAACAGCAACAGGGACUGUGGCAAUAAGAACUACCAAUAAUCUCACCUUUCAUCUCUCAGUCCCCCUUUUCUGUUUCUGCCCCUCGGCAUCAGCACCCUGUUUGUGGUUAUGAGAGAGGCGGUUAGCGUGCGGUGCGGUUGAUUUCGCUGAAUGUGUUCUCUGUAGGGUUGUUCUUUUUACUUCCGGUCAUCAGGGAAAUCCUGUCUGGUACGGACUAAAUGCAAAUCAACAGAGUGCUCCAGCGCUCUGCUCAGACCUUACAAGACGGUGACGCACUGUUUGGAAAAAUUCAGGAUAGAAUAAUCUCCACGUCCAUCCAGAUGAGUUGUAAAACAGAUAUCCACAAAGAUGACACCUGAAUUACAGAGAAAUUCCUGCAAUGUGAUAAGGAGAGGAAAAGGUCCCUCAUUUCACUCCACACUGUCAAGUAUAUUUUAAUGUUUUUUGGAAGUGUGUUAACUACUUGGAAGAUCUCAUAGCAGCCACAACUGGGUGUGUACCCCCAUCAAAAUCUACCCGAUAGCACUCAUCACUCCUGUUCUCUUAGUGCCAAAACAGGUUCCUCGGAAACAUCCUCUAGCUCCUGAGGAGUGAAACAACUUAGAAAUGGCUAGUCCAAAAAGUUCUCUGGCCUCAUUCCUCUUGGAUAAUUCUGGUCUUCACUGGAAGACGGUGAGAAGGUCAGUGAACUACAUGAAGACAGUAGUCAAAGUAGCAUCUAUACUCAGUGUUUUGUUUGGGUCAAAUCAACCAAACCUGGCUGGAGGGCAGAAUAGUGAGCAAGACAGAAGGGGUGAAAGACGGACAGACACAACCUCCACAACCUUUCUCCUAUAACGAAAUAAAUUCAAACUCACACAAUGCCAAGAAAAAAAAAUCUUCCUGGCAGCUCAAAUCAACUCCUUUCAGUCCAGCCUCAUAAACCUGAUUGUGCAAUGAUACUGAUCUUUGCUUGUUCGUGGAGGAGAACGUGGAGGGGAGAGCGGAAGAGAUGAGCAAAGCACCGGACAGCAAUGAAAAGGAGACGACAGGAAAGGAUGACGCAGGGAAUGGAGAUGUACAUGAGAAGGGAUGGAGAAGGAGAGAAAACAUAAGACAAGCAGCCAUCUCAGCCAAACUAAACAAACCACCAGGAUGUACAGUACUCUGAUACAACAUGCAGCAUUUUUUACUUUAGAGAUGAUGUAGAGGGUACUGAAGUCAUUGUAACUCUGUGUUUUUUGUGAUUAUGUGUGUAUGUGCUGGUAAUAGGUGAAGUGAGUGCGUGUGUGUAUGUGUGUGUGGUGUAUGAACUAGAGAAGCAGCCCAGGAGGACGACAUGUGGUCGGAUGCCCGAUCGGCUCUGUGCUAGUCAAUAGUUAAUCAGCUAAGGUACACCUGAUGUUUUCAUUUUAAGCCUGCUCCUUGAUAAACGCGUCACUUCCUGUUGAACGUGUUCUGGUUUCGUCCUCCAGCCAACAGCUUUCAACAUAGUUAUACCCAGCCACAUAACACACGUUAGCAUGGUGCGAGGUAGCAUGGAAAUACUCAGUGAGAAAUGCAAAGGAAAAGGUUUUUUACAAUGAGGUGCCACUAUGAAAUAUAACUUGACUGUCACACCACGUGUCCUGGUCUGGGAAGAGUAACAGAUGAAAUCCAGAUAUCUCUCAGUAAGUGACUUGAAUAAUGCCAACACACAAUCAUACCCCUGGCCAAUUGCCAGUGUAUCCCAAAAUAUAAUUUAUCAUCGCUCCCAAUACAACAUGACCGUUGGCGGUGUGAUGAAUCGAGGAGUCUCACAGUCUGAGGAGUGAAGCUGCAGGUACUUCUGUAGCUGUUGUCAGAUGGCAGCAGGGUGAACAGACUGUGGCUGGGUGGCUGCUGUCUCUUAGUAACUCUGGGCUCUGAUGUCACCGAUGCUCUGUAGAUAUCUACCUAUCAGCAUCCUGAUAGAAGCUGUCAUUGGUGUUGAUGGUGGUGCUGUGUGCUGGGGAUCUGAACGUGACAGUGGAAUGCCAGUUGUUAAGUCAUGUGCUGAUGACAGCAGACAGUUCCUGCGGUUCAGUUUUUGAGUUAGUGUAUGGGGGAAUAUAUACACCAACAACAAAAACCCUGGUGAAUUAUCUGGGCAGAUAAUAUGGUCGACAUCUUAGCAUCAGAAAUCUGACAUCUGGUGAAUACUGUCCAUCUACUUUAACUGUGUUUGAGCUCCAGGCAUUAUGUAUGUAGACCUCCUCCUCUCCUCUUACUGGAGUCAUGUGUCCUGUCAGCUCUUAACAAGGUCCACCCAUCCAGUGCAAAGAGUUGAUCUGAAAUGUUAGGGGGUUAACCACGUCGCUGUGUAGAUUUGUGCACAGUAGAUUGUGAUUUUCCAGCGCUGAGUGAGCCUCAGUCACACCUCAGCUUUUUUAUUCUCCUGUGGCUGGACAGCAGCCAGGAGAAGGCUUGGUAAAGGAACAGCUCUUGGUUUAAUCAGGUCCAAACAGCUUUACCCCAGGGAAUGCUGGGAAGCCAGAGGCAAUGACAUCAUCACAUACUGUAGAUGAACUGUCAGCCGAAUCCACCAUGUUUAGAGUUAAGGCAGUUCUAUUGAGAUGGUUACAGUGUUCAUUUUAAAAUGUAAAAUCUCAGCACAGAAGUCAAUUCCAGGUUGUGUUUGUCUUUUUUUUUUUUUUUUUUCCCAAAGAUGGCAAGAGGAGAGAAAAGCACAAAACAAGUCAGUGGGAUAAUCAUGGCAGAACCAAACCAGCGAAAGGUGGUGUCAUCUCUCUGUGUCGCAGGUCUUUACAGCUGAUAUCCAAGAUAAAGUAAAAUGAUCAUCCUGUUAUUUUUCGUUACGAAUAUUUACGUGUGUGUUCAUGUGUAGCCCAAUUUAUACCGAACACAGAGAAAACCAGGACGAUGUGUCUCCAUGUUACCCAGUUUUCUCACUGUGUUUAAAUGGCUUGUGUUCAUUUUAGUAAUAAUCAUGUUUUGUUUGUGGUGGCGAGGAAGAAAAGUAACACUGGAGUAUCUCGCACGAUUCAGACAUAUUUUUGUUUCCAUGAACUGUGUUCUGUUAGGGACACACUUUAAAGCACCAUACCAGCGUCACAUCUUCUUCAUGUCGCAGCCACUCAUUUUGUAAGCUAAACAUUUUGUUUCUAUUAGAAAUUUGAAUGUACUUUUUGUGGCUCUAAGGGACCGUUGUUUCUCCUAUAGUUAAAAUACGUGUGUGGUCGAAAACUCUUGCUGAAGAUGUGCAAUCAAGGGAGCACAAAUGAUACUGAUUUUUGUCACGUACGUACACCUGUCUGCCUUUAAGCUGCAAUACUUCAUAACUUUAUGAAAAUGGACUGAUACAUGAGGUAAAAUACAUCCAAAAAAUCUGACAGUGUACAGCCUGCAUCUGAAAAUAGUGGCAAAAAUAUAAAGUACGCAUAAUGUGUAGUUAAAAUGAGCAGCAGUGGUAUGGUUCUUUAAGUUUGUCACUUUUUUUGGUUUAAAGUUUGCUGCUUGAUUUAAAGUGUCUUAUUCUUUUCUCUUCAGAGUGUGACCCAUGAAGCAUAAGUCCCAAAACAUAUGAUUUAUCUGCCUUUUUUGCCACCACAGUGUGUGUGAGUGUGUUGGUCAGUGUGUGUAGUGUUUCACUGUACUGAGCAGUUUUGUAGAGGACAUCGUUCGGUGAAUGGCUGCCUCAGCUGUUUCGACCGCAGCUCCUUUUAACUGAUCAUUUUUGCCUUGUACUUCAUUUUGAGCUUUUGGUUUACUUUGUUUUUACUUUUCAAAAAUCUCAUCUGAGUCUGUCUUCAGGACGUGGAGAGUACUAGUGAGUAUUUAUUACCAUUAUUUAAACAGGAAAGGCCAAGAGUUGUAUACAGACUAUACAUAGGAGUUGUAAUUGUUAUCAGGGUACAAAAUGUACUUAUUUGUUCACUGGCCAAACAGCUAUUACAUGUUCAAAUCUACCAGCCACUUGCAUAUUUUACCAGCAUUUGGCCGGAGGUGAUAAUAAUUUUGUGCCUGUACAUUUGAAUAUAACCAGUUGUGGCUCUGGAGGAAACUGUGUGAAAUCAGAUGAAUUGCCUCACAUGAUGUCACUCGAGUCAGCCUCAGUUGGGGCUGACGACAAGUUUGAAAAAUGAAAAACAUCUGAAGGUGUGGAGUUAGAAAGAAGUGAGCUCGUCACCUCUGCUGCAGGCUGAAGGCUCCAGGCUUCAUAGCUGCUUCAGGCAUAAUCAACCUAAUGACCAGAAGAAGUGUUGGCAAUGUGACGUAAUAUUUCCGCAAACCAAUAAUAUGUUGAAUAUGUUGACAUGAAUAUGUUGACUAACCUUACAUACCUUUUGUUGCCACUUUCACUUACUUUUUUCCGAUGUGACAAAGCUGUGUUGGUUGGUUUAGGCACAAAAACCACUCGGUCAAACCAAAGAUGUACUUGCUUUUAACAACACAGUAUAAUGGAUGCCUCCGUUUAGAAAUCCCACUUAAACCCGCUAAGAUCGGGCUUUUUGACUUAUAAUAUCUGCUUUGGUUAGCACAACCACAGCUGAAGAUGUCCUGAGGUCUCGUUAAAAACACCCAGUUUUGUUGCCACAAACACGGCUAAUUGCCAGUGGUCACACAUACAGAUGUUGAACACAGGCCUUCUCACCUGUAACUAUACCACCAACUCCUGCGACCGUGGAUAUGAAAUAUGUAGUGUGAACGGGAUAUGACACAUGUUGGUGAAAUGUCAGUCUGGUAUGUAUGACAUGCACAGAUCUGGACAUAUCAGUGUUUGGCAGAAACGUUAACUGGCAAAUGGGCUAAGCAUAAUACACCUGAAUUCUGUACUGAACUGUUGGUGGACACGUUGCAUUGUGGGUAAUGUAAAAACUGGACGUUUUUCAUAACUGUCUAAGUAGAAGAAGCACAGGUUUCAGGGUGGCACAAUACUGUUUGGGUUAGAAAUUGGCACAUAUUGUGAAAGGCUGCAUUUACACAGCGCUGCAGGAGCUCGUGCACAGCUCUUCUUUUGGACCGACGACGAGGGAAAAAAAUCCUCAUUUAAAAGAAUCUGUUCAUUCUUAUUCUUAAUCAAUGCAUGGUUUUCUUUUUUUCCAUUUAUCUUGUACUUUUGGUAUGAUGUAUGCUGUAGAUGAUGGGAGGCUAAGAACUCACAGGUUAGCUGAAAGUGUCCUAAGUAUCACCUGGGACAGACAGACAGACAGACAGCAUUUCUUUCCUCUCUAUUAAGAUCACUUAGAGCAUUGCCAUUACUUUUAUUCAAUCAGACAAGAUUUCACUUGCCCUGUUUGUUUGUCCGACAGAUUGAUCAUGGAGGAGGUCUGAUCACAGGUUUCUUCUCUGUAGCUACUCUGUGUAAAUGCAGCCUUAUAUUACUUAAAAGGGACAUCAGAGUAUUUUAUGUAUGUUUAUUUGCAGCGUCUCCUAAAUCCAGUGUAGCCAUUGUUUACUGAUCACCAUCUCAUGAACUAACAUACGCUGUAUACUGAUAUGUAUGAUGUGUACUGAGAUAUACUUAACAUAAAGCUACCUCAGUUUGUUUCAUGAACAGAAUACCCUCCACCUUCUCAUUGGCAAUACAUUCUUCUUCUGUAAUGCAGGUGACACUUUAGACUCAGAACUCUGUGAGUCUGAAAAUAUAGAGUUCCCCAAAUUAGAUUUAAUGUUCAAUUAAGAAAUUUUAUUCAGUACACUCCAAUGCAAGGUGUAAUGUUAAAUCAUGAGAAUUAAAUUGAACGUGAAAUGAAGUGUUCACUUUCAAAAUGCAGACAAUUUGUCAAAUUUAUGUUAUUCAAACUUCAAUAACACAAGCAAGGCUUAUUCCAUUCAGUUGAAUGGGCUUAAACCCUUCAACUCGUAACUCUUCACUUGAACUUGUCUUACAACAUGCACACAAAUGGCAGCACUGGGCUCCCGUGCACAGUUUUAAUUCAUGUGGCCCUCGAUUAAAUAUUUCGUCAGUUAAGCAAAGUUCAAAACAAAACAAAACGAGGUGCUGUCAUAAAAAGGGGAAUCCUCCAUUGAUGGUCGCCAGGUGCUCUCUGAAUGGUGGUGGGUACCCUGCUCACAGGAAGUGUAUCAUAAAUAAGACAUGACACGUCAACAGACUCCCUCCCUCACUCCGGUCAUAACUAAAAGCUGCUUUCCGUUUUGUUUGCCUUAAAGAGAAUAUAUUUCUAUUUCUGUCUUUAUUUCAACCUCAUAACCCAGGACAUUAUUUGAGGCUGUACUGAAAGCACAGCUUGGUUUUCUGGUUAGCCUACUGGUGUGUGUGCGUGUGUGUGUGUGUGUGUGUGUUUUACGGGCGCGUAUGUGUGUUUGUGUGCUGUUUGUAUGUUCUUUUUACACUUUUCAUGAUAGCAUAAUGUGUCAACAGCAGUUACUGUGCUUAUACUAGGACUGAGUCAGUGUCCAACAGGCAGGUCCUCCAUCCUCCCAGCCUGAACAUGUCUCAGACGAAAAGCUCAGCAGGACACAGCUGACCAUGUGUGGCUGUCAAGGCAGUAGUUGUGACAAAACCAUAAAGAAAUAACAUGCAAUUUAAGGAAUCCUAACAGAAAAAAAACAACAUUUCCUUCAUUCAACUACAUUGAACUGAUCUAUGUAGUAUUGCAUGGUGGGAAGUCAGUGAGGGAUCAUGCCCUUAUUGCCACACUGCUACUGGUCACUAUGGCUGCCCAGACGACAGGGUUGCACAGAAGUGCUGUUAUAUGUUCAUAGCCUCGUUGUACCUCUGACAGUUUCAUUUAGGCUCAUUAUUGAAGAUUAUCUUGUUGAACAGAAUUUACCAUAAACUCUGUGUUUGCCACUGAACAAUCCAAAAUCCAGUGGAAAAAUAUGAAGCUUCGGCAGUAUGAGACAAUCUUUCCCCAACCAUAGCUAAAAGGUUUAAGUUAACCUAAACUUAACAAAAGUGCAGGCAGAUCAGAAAACAAUCAUUGGGAAUUUUACAAUGGCAAUAUGUGCCAUGUAAAAAGGCUUUGGACGACGCCUGUACUGUCGGGAUGAUGAGAACUUGACGGAAGUGUCAGGCGGCUGUCCACACAAUGGAAACUAACAAUGACAAAAACAAUUCCACAGUCACAUUACUCUGUUCACAUAGCCAGCUCAAAGCGGUGAGCUGUUGUGUUUCAUGGCCCUCUGUAGCUCUCUGAGAUGUGAACAGGCCUUGUGAGUGUCCCUCAGGCUGUUUCUGUUCACCAGCUAUAAUGGAUCAAAGUUCUGCUGUAGAGUUCUGUACCAACCAGCCAAAUAAACUCUUCUAACUCUCACAUUAAAGUUGUCCAAGAGAAAAUGACUGUCCUUACUUUGGAAGGUCAGGAUGAGAUCUGUGCAGCAGCAACUGUUCCAGAUGAGAUCAUUCAGCCUUAGCACAAGCACAGUAACCAGCAGGUGAAUAAUGAUAGGAUUCCAGUCACACUUGUAUAAUCAUUCUGUACAGAUGUCUGUUUAGAGAACUGGUUGAACAAGGAGUACCACAGAUAGUGAACUGAUGAACUUAAAAGCUUAUCUGUAAAUAAAUGUAUGCAAAGUGUACGCGUUAAAAAAGAACAUUCCGAUCUUUUUAAAUUCUGACUGUGAAGGGUGUCUUUAGAGGUCUGAUGCCACCAUGAUGGCUGUAACUAUGACGACAUACUACAGAAAAAAAUGAUAAAUGUGGUGUAUGUGGUGUAUUUAAAAAAAAACAAAAAACAGAUACAAAUGUUUUAGACAAAAAAAAAAAAAAUAUUGGUCUUUUCAGUAAGUUGCAUUGUGUGAUGAAAGUCUGAAGUGCUUAAAAUGCGUUCAUUAGGGAAAAAGUACAUUUUAUUGAAAAAAUAAAACAAGAGUGAUAAACAUGACAAAAUGACAUUUUUGUAUAUAAGGGAUUUUUGUAAAUUUUUAUUUGAAUCUAAUGCAACACAAACUACCAAAAUUCAUUUAAUAAAGUACACUGUGGUCAUUUU